UGUGUCAGAGACAAUGGCAAGGUUGUGGAAGACCUUCAUGUUGGUGGUGGCUUUGGCUGUGGUCGCCUGUGAGGCCCAUCGCCGACUAAGAUAUGAGGAUAUUGUUAAUCGGGCCAUAGAGGCAUACAACCGUGGGCAGCGAGGAAGACCCCUCUUCCGCCUGCUAAGUGCCACUCCACCUCCUGGUCAGAACCCCACUUCCAAUGUCCCACUCGAGUUCAGGAUUAAAGAGACAGUGUGCAUUUCCACCACGGAGAGACGGCUUGAAAACUGCGACUUCCGGGAGGGCGGGGAGGAGAGAAACUGCACAGGUGAAUUCUCCAGAAGGCAGUGGUCAACCUCCUUGACCUUGACCUGCGACAGGGAUUGUCGUAGAGAGGUUUCCCAAGUGGCCACUUUUAGUGAUAACAAGUCAGAUGACUCCGAAAAGGACAAGUUAGAAGGUCUGCCCCCUCACGCCAAAAACAUUUAUGAAAACGCCAAGUACGAUAUCAUCAGCAACAUCCUGCAUAACUUCUAAGGCUGGAAACAGGAGGGGGUGCUGCGUGCCUCUGUGACCUCCUCUUGACUUCCACUGCCUAUCUCCCCCUGCUGCCUUCAGGGCCCGCCCCUGCUUCCAGCCCUUCCCCGGACGCCCCUCUCUAGAGUAGCUCUGGCUCCUAAAACAACCAUACCUUUGUCCAUUUGCUUCCUUCUAUGGAACUUCCUGUCUUACCCUCUAUCCAAAACUCUUAUUGACUCCUCAAAGCCCAAGCUCAAAAGUCCCCUCCAGCAGGAAGCUUCCUCACUCUCCCAGAGUCAAAGUCCUUCCCAUGGACUGUUCACUCAUAAUCCUCAAACUUACCUGCUGUGUCCCCAGCCAGAUGACACUCUGUCCAUUCACAGCUGGGCCUCCUGGCCAGUUGCAGGUGGCUGUGCUCCUGGCAUCCUGGGAGGACAAAACCCUGUAGACUCCUGCUCUCUGCUUAGUCACUGAGAUACCAGAUGCCCCUUUACAUACAGACCCCUUAAGGGAUGUGGCAGGUGGGAGGGCGGGGUGUGGUCAGGUCACCUGGAGUGAGGCUUGUACGAGAACGUCAAUAAAGUGCUUUUGAGAGUC